UGCCCUCUCAAGGUUAGAACUGAAGCUAUGUGGGACCGGCGUAUUCUCAAGCACCAGAUGAGAGGAGCUGCCUGAAGGAGUAGCAGACACAGGAGGAAGAGAGCCUCUGCCCUGUUAACAUGAACAGCAGCCUGCACGUUAACCUGCCCAGAAGCUGCGCUACUUCAGGUGGCUCGCUCCAGGAGAAGUCUGAGCAUUCUUUUUUUCUUUUUUAUUACUAUAGGAUGGAGGAUGAAGCUGUCCUGGACAGAGGGGCUUCCUUCCUUAAGCAUGUGUGUGAUGAAGAAGAAGUAGAAGGCCACCAUACCAUCUAUAUUGGGGUCCAUGUGCCGAAGAGCUACAGGAGAAGGAGACGCCACAAGAGAAAGACAGGGCACAAAGAGAAGAAGGAAAAAGAAAGAAUCUCUGAGAACUACUCUGAUAAGUCAGAUGUGGAAAAUGCUGAUGAGUCCAGCAGCAGCAUCCUGAAACCCCUCAUCUCCCCUGCGGCCGAGCGCAUCCGGUUCAUCCUGGGCGAGGAGGAUGACAGCCCGGCGCCCCCUCAGCUCUUCACCGAACUCGACGAGCUGCUGGCCGUGGACGGGCAGGAGAUGGAGUGGAAGGAGACGGCCAGGUGGAUUAAGUUUGAAGAAAAAGUGGAACAGGGCGGGGAAAGAUGGAGCAAGCCGCAUGUGGCCACAUUGUCCCUUCACAGCUUAUUCGAGCUGAGGACAUGUAUGGAGAAAGGAUCUAUCAUGCUUGACAGAGAGGCGUCUUCUCUCCCACAGUUGGUGGAGAUGAUUGUGGACCAUCAGAUUGAGACAGGCCUAUUGAAACCUGACCUUAAGGAUAAGGUGACCUACACUUUGCUCCGGAGGCACCGGCAUCAAACCAAGAAAUCUAACCUUCGAUCCCUGGCUGAUAUUGGGAAGACAGUCUCCAGUGCAAGUCGGAUGUUUACCAACCCUGAUAAUGGUAGCCCAGCCAUGACCCAUAGGAAUCUGACUUCCUCCAGUCUGAAUGACAUUUCUGAUAAACCGGAGAAGGACCAGCUGAAGAAUAAGUUCAUGAAAAAACUGCCACGUGAUGCAGAGGCCUCCAAUGUGCUUGUUGGGGAGGUUGACUUCUUGGAUACUCCUUUCAUUGCCUUUGUCCGGCUCCAGCAGGCGGUCAUGCUGGGCGCCCUGACUGAGGUCCCUGUGCCCACACGGUUCUUGUUCAUUCUCUUAGGUCCUAAGGGAAAAGCCAAGUCCUACCAUGAGAUUGGCAGAGCCAUCGCCACCUUGAUGUCUGAUGAGGUGUUCCAUGACAUUGCUUAUAAAGCAAAAGACAGGCAGGACCUGAUUGCUGGCAUCGACGAGUUCCUAGAUGAAGUCAUUGUCCUUCCUCCUGGAGAAUGGGAUCCAGCAAUCAGGAUAGAGCCUCCCAAGAGUCUUCCGUCAUCUGACAAAAGAAAGAAUAUGUACUCAGGUGGAGAGAAUGUUCAAAUGAAUGGGGACACACCCCAUGAUGGAGGCCACGGAGGAGGAGGAGGGGGACACGCGGAUUGUGAAGAAUUGCAGCGAACUGGACGGUUCUGUGGUGGACUAAUUAAGGACAUAAAGAGGAAAGCACCAUUUUUCGCCAGUGAUUUUUAUGAUGCUUUAAAUAUUCAGGCGCUUUCAGCAAUUCUCUUCAUUUAUCUGGCAACUGUAACUAAUGCUAUCACUUUUGGAGGACUGCUUGGGGAUGCCACUGACAACAUGCAGGGCGUGUUGGAGAGCUUCCUGGGCACGGCUGUCUCUGGAGCCAUCUUUUGCCUGUUCGCCGGUCAGCCCCUCACGAUUUUGAGCAGCACGGGGCCUGUUCUAGUUUUCGAGAGGCUUCUAUUUAAUUUCAGCAAGGACCAUAAUUUUGACUACCUGGAGUUUCGCCUUUGGAUUGGCCUGUGGUCAGCGUUCUUGUGUCUCAUUUUGGUAGCCACAGAUGCCAGCUUCUUGGUUCAGUACUUCACUCGCUUCACCGAAGAGGGCUUCUCUUCUCUGAUUAGCUUCAUUUUUAUCUACGAUGCUUUCAAGAAGAUGAUCAAGCUAGCGGACUACUACCCCAUCAACUCCAACUUCAAAGUGGGCUACAAUACUCAGUUUUCCUGUGCCUGUAUGCCUCCUGACCCAGUUAAUAUCUCAAUAUCUAAUGACACUACAUUGGCCCCAGAGGAUUUGCCAACUGUUUCUUCUACUGAUAUGUACCAUAAUGCUACCUUUGACUGGGCGUUUUUGUCAACGAAGAAGUGUUUGAAAUAUGGAGGAAAGCUCGUGGGGAACAACUGUGAUUUUGUUCCCGAUAUCACACUCAUGUCUUUCAUCCUCUUCUUGGGCACCUACACCUCUUCUAUGGCUCUGAAAAAAUUCAAAACUAGCCGUUAUUUUCCAACUACGGCAAGAAAACUGAUCAGUGACUUUGCCAUUAUCCUGUCCAUUCUCAUCUUUUGUGUAAUAGAUGCUCUGGUAGGUGUGGAUACUCCAAAACUAAUUGUGCCAAAUGAAUUCAAGCCAACAAGUCCAAACCGAGGUUGGUUUGUUCCACCAUUCGGAGGAAACCCCUGGUGGGUGUACCUUGCAGCUGCUAUUCCUGCUUUGUUGGUCACCAUUCUGAUUUUCAUGGACCAGCAAAUCACAGCUGUGAUCGUGAACAGGAAAGAACACAAACUCAAGAAAGGAGCUGGAUACCACCUGGAUCUCUUCUGGGUGGCCAUCCUCAUGGUGGUGUGCUCUUUCAUGGCUCUUCCAUGGUAUGUGGCUGCGACCGUCAUCUCCAUCGCUCACAUCGACAGUUUGAAGAUGGAGACAGAGACUUCUGCCCCUGGAGAACAACCAAAGUUUCUAGGUGUGAGGGAACAAAGAGUCACUGGAACCCUCGUGUUUAUUCUGACUGGUCUGUCAGUCUUUAUGGCUCCCAUCUUGAAGUUUAUUCCCAUGCCUGUUCUCUAUGGUGUGUUCCUGUAUAUGGGGGUAGCAUCACUUAAUGGUGUGCAGUUCAUGGAUCGUCUGAAGCUGCUGCUGAUGCCCCUAAAGCACCAGCCAGACUUUAUCUACCUGCGCCACGUCCCCCUGCGCAGAGUCCACCUGUUCACCUUCCUGCAGGUGCUGUGUCUAGCUCUGCUCUGGAUCCUCAAGUCCACCGUGGCUGCUAUCAUCUUUCCAGUCAUGAUCUUGGCACUUGUAGCUGUCAGAAAAGGCAUGGACUACCUCUUCUCCCAACAUGACCUCAGCUUCCUUGAUGAUGUCAUUCCAGAAAAGGACAAGAAAAAGAAGGAAGAUGAGAAGAAAAAGAAAAAGAAGAAGGGAAGUCUGGACAGUGACAAUGAUGAUGAGAAAGAUCACCAACAUUCCUUGAACGCCACACAUCAUGCUGAUAAAAUUCCUUUCCUUCAGUCACUCGGUAUGCCAAGUCCUCCUAGAACUCCAGUAAAAGUUGUGCCUCAAAUUAGGAUAGAACUUGAGCCUGAAGACAAUGAUUAUUUCUGGAGGAGCAAGGGAACAGAAACUACAUUGUAACCUGUUUGUCUUUCUUAAAACCGACAGUUUUUGUUGUUAAUGUUCUUGGGUUUUGUCUAGUUGUUUAUUUUUUAAUUUUUGUUUUGUUUUGGUUUUUGGUCAUUGGCCAAAUAAUAUAGCACUCACUCUGCUUCUCUCUUGCAUAGGUAAAAUCAAGACAAUAGUUCACCGUUCCUUAAAAACAUCUGAAGACUCCCCUUUUCUUUUCAUAUUUUCAGAUGUGUCCUCUGACAACCAGAUCCCUUUGUCACUCAAGACACGCACAGACCCUGUCCUUUCCCUUUAUUAAGCAGAGGGCAAAAGCAUUAAGGAUUUUGUAACACCUUUGAUUAAAAUAUUGAAGGAACUUCCAACUUUAGCUUUGGAGCUGUGCUUACUGGCUUGUGUGCCUGUCUGGUAGAAGAAACCCUGACCUCCAGGCAGAGUCCUUCCUUGCUUUUAGAGCUCUCCAGGACUGGAAAAAAAAAGUGCUGCUAUAUGCUAACUUGCUCUUGCUUGUCAGCCCUAAUCUUAGAGUUAUCAAAAGAAGAAAAACUCAAGGUACUUUACUCCCUGUAGAGAAACUAUUGCCAUCAUUGUAGCAAGUGCUGGAAUAUCCCUUUUUCCUAUGCAACUUUUUUUAACCCUUUAAUGAAUUUAUCUGUUGAGUACAUUGAAGAAUAUUUUCUUCGUAGAUUUUGUUGUUUAAAUUAUGGGGCCUAACCUGCAACUUAUUUUUUGUCAAUUUUUUAAACUUUUUUUUAAUUACUGUAAAAAAAUGAAUUUUUUCCUGCAGCAGGAAACAUAGUUUUGAGUAGUUCUACCUCUUAUUUGUAGCUGCCAGGCUUUCUGUAAAAAUUGUAUUGUAUAUAAUGUGAUUUUUACACACACAUACACACACAAAUACACAAUCUCUAAGGUAAGCCAGAGGGCUGGAUCAGAUUAAAAACACCAUGUUUCUUAGCAUCCAUUUUUCCCUUUCUUUAAAAGAAAUUUACUGUUCUAUGAAGAGAUUGGGGGAGAAGGGAGAAGCUCUUAUGUAAUGGGCAUAACUGACAUUUUGAUAAUAGUAAUAUCUGGGCAUAGAUGCUGAUUGUAUUACCAUGUCGAUGUCCUAUGCAGUAUUUUUAGACAUUGUUUUCAUUUUGAAAUAUUUGUGUGUUUGUGUACGUACUCUGUGUGUGGCUGGUGCACAUAUGUGCAAAGUUGGGGAGACAGAGUGAAGGUAGGGGAUGGGCAAAAUUAUCCAGCCUCUCGUGUCACUUUUCAUAAAACCCAAACCACAUGUGAAAAAUUCAUCAGAGGUCUAAGAGACUUACUAUUAUGCAAAUGAGGGUAAAUAUAAUUUUAUUGCUGGAUAACAUCAUUGAUCCAAGAGCUCAUAUUUAUAAUACAAAAUCCAUUGGAAUAUUAAUAGAUAAUUUACUUAUCUGUACAGUGUUUAUGGGACUGCAGACAGAUCUGCACACACACACACACACACACAUUUUAAAAUGCUUGCACAUGUUUUUAUGAUGGAAAGGCAAUUAUUCCUCAUGAAUAGGACAUUUAGAGUAUAUGUGUAUGUGUGUGUAUGUACAUGUAUUUCAAAGUAUCAUAUUGAAAAUUAGAAAAAAGAAAAUUAGGACUUUAUUAACCAAAUUUAGCAUGUAAUUUAAAUGUAAUAUUUUAAUAGACAUUAUGUAUUGUGAAUCUGCAUUAAGAAUAACAGUUUAAACAUUAAAUUCAUAAUUUUGGACUCAUAUAAUCAUAUUUGUGAUCCAUCUAAAUUAAAUAUAUAUAACUAAAACAGAUUGUUGGAGGAGUACCAGAAGCAGGAUGAAACCAUGUAUUUUGGUUUCGUAAUAUGCACAUAGUGACUCCCAUUCACUCUCAUAUUAAUUAAAUUAUAAUUCUGUCCCCUUAAAAUUUUGAUUAUAAAACUUUAGUACCCUGAAUUGUUGCUUACUUUUAUAGUAUCUGAUAAUCUUAAAACUUUAUCCAAAUUAGACAUAAAUGACCUGUAAUUUUUUCAUUAAAAUGGAAACAGCAAAUUACAUGUUAUUUGUUAAAACCUUACAUGCCAAGUUCUGGCAUCAGAUUUGUAUUUAGAGCUAUUCUUUAAAUGAUUAUAUCAUAUAGUUUUUUCAUUACUGCAGUAUAAAAUUUUAAGAAGCUUUUCCUUUUUCUUUACCAAGGGAAGCAUCAAUAUAAUGUCUAAGAGCCAUGCAUAAGUUUAGCCUGACCUAUGAUCUCGUUAAAUUAAAGACACUUUUGUUCACAUUUAUAAAGGCCCUGGAUGUAAUACUUUAUUUUUCUGAUCAUGAAUCAAGUAUUUGAGGAUUUCUGCCUCUCUCCAUCUCUUUCAAAGAACUCCUGAAGCAACUUAACUCAAUAUUUAAGCCUUUGAGUAGAUCUAAAGGCUAUCUGCACCUCCACUUAUGAUCUAUAUUCUGUGACCAAAGGUUGAAAUUCAUGAUAUGAAUGCAGAACAGUACCUUCCAUUUGCUCAAAGUAGCCGUUAAUAGCAAACCCUUUCAAUAUUUUGGAACCCAGAGAAGCUUUUAAAAAAUCAUUACUUUCAGAGGAGUAGGAGUAGUUACCAAAUAAGCACGCAAAACCCACAGUCCAUCCAGAGCCAUCAGAUCAUCUGUAUUUUAACUGAAUUUACUCAUUUUCUGAGAACUAACCAGACUGUGGGAUGGUUUUAUUUCUAUGUAAACUGCACACACAGAAUAUAGUACAAUGAGGAAUUUCUUUUCCUGAUGUGAAUAUGGAGACAUGAAAUACUUGAGUUGUUAGGAGUACAAGACUAAGGGUACACUCCCAGGAUAUCAAGCAGAAGUCCUGUGAUUGUACAGACUUACUGUUGAAGAGAUCACUGGGCCAAGAGUUGGCCUUAUCAAAGGACAUAAAGGCCUCUGGUUUUGCAUUUGAAAGAAAAAUCUCUUGGAGACACUGUUUUCCUUGAUAAAGAUCACUCUUUUCUACUGUGUAAGACAGGGGCCUGGAAUCUGAACUAUUUUCUGUGCCAUAGGCUGUAGUGUUCCUGCCUCUUCUUCCAGUUAAGCAGUGGAGUGGGGGUGGGAGAUGGAGGCUUCAAGAUGUACAAAAAUAAAAAACAAAACCCUCUCUGAUCAGACCCCUACCACAGAAAAUGGGGGGUAGGAUGAAGUAAUUAUCUGCUCUUAGUAAUUCAGUUUGGGUACAUGUUAUGCACAUGCACCAACACACACAGAGUCAAUCUUUUAUCAGCUAUAUAUUGCUGUUCAAUACAGAGAACGAUUGUCUUCCGAGUUUUUUUUUUUUUUUUAACUGUGUUAAAGUACUUGAAAUGUAUUGACUGCUGACUAUCCUUUAAAAACAAAAUGAAACCAUUUGAGCUGUAUUACAGAGGUUGACAUUGUUCAGGGAUGGGACAAAGCUUUCUUCAAUUCUUUUCCUACCACUUAAUGAUUUUGGUGCAGGAACUUGAGAUUUUCUUAUUUAUUCCAUGAUAAUUUCACAUCUACUCUUCACAGCAUGAACAUAAAGCCCAGUGGCACCAAACGGCUGAAUACAAUCAAAUGAUACUUUAUAACACUUGGCUGACCAAUGGGCCUUGGGAGUUUUCAGACAAUGAUUUCAUUGAGUUUCAUUGCAGCUUGAAAUAAAAAAGUUUUAUGAUAUACACCAACCAGUCAAGUUGUGUUUUGACCGGAAAUUUGGAUAUGACCUAUUUCUUAGCUCAUUUCUCUGUGCUCUAUGGGUACAUAAAAAAAUCCUGAAUUCUGUUUCCCAGGCAGAUAAUUGCAACUCAGGGCUAAAGUCAUCCAGUGAAACUUUUAGAGCCAGAAGUUAACUUUGUCCCAGUCCUACAAUGUGAAAAGAGUGAAUAGUUGCCUCUUUUUAGCCAUUUUCAUGGCUGGUACAUAUCUGUACACCUUACUUUUCAGAAUCAAUACGCACUUUCAGAUAUUCUUAUUUUUAUUCUCUUAAGUCUUUAUUAACUUUGGAGAAAUGAUGCAUCUUUUUAUUUUAAAUGAAGUAGAUCAACAUGGUGGAACAAAAUGAUAAAGAACAGAAAACAUUUCAAUAUAUUACUAAUGAUUUUUUUCCAAUAUAAAACCUAAAUUCCUAUAACAUUAUAGUAUUUUACAGUUUUAUGAAGCUUUCUAUUGUGACUUUUAUGGAAUUAAGAGAUGAAGAAGAUGAGAUAUUUUAGCAUUUAUAUUUUUCAAAAUUAAAUGUAUACUUAAAAUAAAGUAACUUUAUGCA